CUGUCUCUCUCCGUCUCUCUGUAUCUCCAUCUCCCUUUCUCUCUCUGACGUAUGCCUACGUCUCCGUGCAUAUAUAUACGUACGCCCCGUCUGGCCUUCCGCGUUGCGUGUUGAUGUCGCCGAUGACCUUGUCCGCGACGGAGAGAUUGGUGCGCGGCUCUCGUCUGCGCAGGCCUUCGUCGGAGCUCGCGGCGGCGAAUUAGUUAUCUAGUACCAUCCCAUGGAGCUUCAUCUGUUAUUUUUCUGGCCCAGGGGAGUUUACUCGUCCCAUUCCCCAGGCUCCCGCACUGCUCAAGUAUUUUAAUUGAUCGUACUGAAGAUGUUACUGUUAGAUUCUUACCAUGAUCCUACAAAGAAUGGCCGCACGACCCCACCGCCCCACGUCUAGACGAACACCGCCAAAGAUACUCUUUCUCCUACUUCUGAUCAUUGUUCCUAUCUGUCUACUCGGGGUAUUCACUUAUGGCCAGAAAAUAUCGUACUUUCUCCGUCCACUUUGGGACAAACCACCAGCCUCCUUCCAACACAUACCUCACUAUUAUGCAGAGAAUGUGUCAAUGGAGCAUCUGUGUCGCCUUCAUGGCUGGUCCAUUCUCCCCCAGCCUCGGCAGGUGUAUGAUGCUGUAAUUUUCAGCAAUGAGCUAGAUACACUGGAAAUAAGGUGGCGUGAGCUCUACCCAUAUGUCACUAAAUUUGUGAUUCUUGAGUCUAAUACCACAUUCACAGGCAUUCCGAAACCUCUUUUUUUUGCUUCGAACCGUGCUCGAUAUGCUUUUGCUGAAGGGAAGAUUGCCCAUGAUACAUUUCCUGGUCGAGUUGCUAAUCGUGGAUCACAUGAAGACCCAUUUAAGCUUGAGUCCGAGCAACGGGUGGCUAUGAAUGGGUUGCUUCGCCGGUCUGGAAUUUCAUAUGGGGACUUAUUGAUAAUGUCUGACACUGAUGAGAUUCCAAGCCCACAUACUUUGAAACUGUUGAAGUGGUGUGAUGGGAUUCCACCUGUAAUGCAUCUGGAAUUAAGGCAUUACAUGUAUUCUUUUGAGUUCCCGGUGGACUACAGCAGUUGGCGAGCCACUGCUCACAUUUAUGGUCCGAAGACCCUUUAUCGGCACUCACGCCAAACCAACCUUUUAUUGUCUGAUGCAGGAUGGCAUUGUAGCUUUUGCUUCCGGAGUAUCCGAGAGUUUAUAUUUAAGAUGACUGCUUACAGCCAUGCAGACCGAGUCAGAAGGAAGGAUUAUAUGAGCUAUCCGAGGAUUCAAAAGAUCAUUUGUCAGGGAGAUGAUCUUUUCGACAUGCUUCCUGAAGAAUACACGUUCAAGGAGUUGAUCAAGAAGUUGGGUUCAAUCACCCGUUCAGCUUCUGCGGUCCACCUUCCUGCAUAUGUCAUAGCAAAUGCAGAAAAAUUCAAGUUUCUCCUUCCUGGGGGCUGUGUUAGAAGUCAGGACUGAAAUCUUUGGAGCUGAUUUAACAAUGCCAUUGAUGCCUGACCCAUGUUGGUUUCAUCUUUCAUUUGACUAGCUUGAGAUUAUCAUACCAGGACGUAGACAGUGUAGAUCUUUAGUGUUGAUAGCAAGAGGAGUGCUAUGGACAGUCGCACUGUGAUAUGACUGUCGAUCUGCUCCAACAAUUGCCGGAGAAGCCUCUGUUGGUCCGGUGAAUACGGAGCAAUGCGAGCGUCCCUAGCAUUUCCCUUUUGUAGCAAGUUCAGCUUGUGUUUAAGACUUGUUUCUCAAUAGACAGGGACGUUGAUGGCCAAUUUAGAUGGAGCUAUACCCACAAUUCGUUAAGAAGUGAAACGGGUAAAAGCAUUCGAUAUGGCAUAUCUUCAAAAGAAAUUGUCAUUCAAGAAAAGGGCCCUCAGAAAGUUUCAAGUUAGAUGCCAUCUUGCUAAGGAUUUUAUUCAUGGCGGCAUCUGAUGCUGGUGCUCUUGUUUGGAUAAAUUUUUUCAACUGUUAUGUUCAAACACUUCCAGUUCAAUUGAUUUGCCUACAUUCCACAUUAGGCAUUGUCAGUAUGCAAGCUUAAGAGUCUCUGGUUCUUGUCAGUCUGAAUUAGUUUUGGAUUCAAACCGUGUUAACAUCUGAUGAAUGUGUUACGUCCACCAAAACCAUGUCAAAGUUUGUGAGUGCAUUCCAGUGAUGUUAGCA